AUGGGCUCCGUGGACACCUCACUGCACCCGCAUACAUCAGGUCGCGCUGCCCGCUUCGCAGAGGCACAUUCCUCCCCAAAUCCAUUGAUCCUCUACGGCGGCUGGUUCUGCCCCUUCGUCCAGCGCAGCUGGAUCACUUUGCAUGAGAAGAACACUCCGCACCAAUACUUCGAGAUUAACCCGUACCGCAAAGACCCUGAUUUCCUCAAACUAAACCCGCGUGGUUUGGUUCCGACUCUUGCCGUGCCUCUCGACAAAGAGGGUAAGGACCAAAAGCCCUUGUAUGAGUCUCUUGUGAUCUGCGAGUACUUGGACGAAGUAUACAACGACCGUGCUAAGAACGGACCUGAUCUGCUGCCGAGAGACGACGCUUAUUUGCGUGCAAAAUGCCGGAUUUGGAUCGAUCACAUCUCAACCAGGAUUGUUCCCGCCUUCUACCGUUUCAUGCAGCAUUCCGAGUCGAAAUCGUAUAGUCUUGAUGAAGCACGGGCGGAAUUCCUCAACCACAUCAAGACUUUCGUCCAGGCAUGUGAUUCGCAAGGACCAUUCUUCUUGGGUGAGAGAUUCAGUCUGGUGGACAUUGUGCUCGCGCCUUGGCUGUGCAGAAUGUUUCUGUUUGAUGUGUACAAGGGCGGGGUUGGUGUGCCUGAGGAAGGCAAGGGUGGCGAUGAUGAACCGGUAUGGGAUCGAUGGAGGAGGUGGGCAAAAGCAGUGGGAGAAAGGGAGAGCGUGUUGGAUACCUUGAGUGAAAGGGAACAAUACAUCGAGGCGUACAGGAGGUACGCGGAGGACACCACACAAAGCGAGGUUGCAAAGGCCACGAGGUCUGGAAGAGGACUACCAUAG